UCCAUCCUAAGCAUUUCGUUAUUCAGCCCUUUCGAAGUAAACAUGUGGAGGAGCUAGAUGUCUUCGGAAAAAGUAAAAAGCGCUAUCAAGGUAACGGAGGGAAAGGCAGAGAUAUGUUUUCCUGAUUUAAAUUCUGUGUUCUACAACCCCGUUCAAGAAUUUAACAGAGACUUAAGUACAGCAGUGAUAAAGCUGUUUUCCAAGGAACGCUUGGAAGACAAGAGAAAACCUAAGUUAAAAAGUACUUCCAACGGAGAAGACGAUGGAACAGAUGAAAUGUGUGAAGGACUUGCCCAGGAAAAGAGUAACGGAAAAUUGACAUUAGACACAGGGAAAAUACCUGGUGAAAAAAAAAGAAGUGAUGGAAUCACUAUCCUGGAAGGUUUAGCAGCAUCUGGUCUGCGUGCAGUGAGAUAUGCCUUAGAAGUGGUGGGUGUAAAGAGCAUAACUGCCAAUGAUAUCAGUGCUGACGCUUACGAAAUGAUUCAACAAAAUGUCGAGCAUAAUAAUGUACAACAUAUUGUAAAGCCAAGCCAAGAAGAUGCUGGGUGAGUUUGUGUACACUGUAU